AUGGCCCCUCUACGACCACGAUUCUUUUCGCAGCCAUUCAAGUUUAUUCACUGGGCAUCCAUCGAAAAACCAGCUAUAUUCUGGUCUAUUAUCAUCGGGAGUUUGGGACCAGCAACAAUCGUGGUGGCUCCAACUAUUCGUAGACUAUUUGGAGAUAAACCAAGGCCACCCAUCCCUCUAACGUAUCCAAUUCCUUCCGGCCCACGACAGCCUCUGUCUGGUUAUGAAGAUGAGGACGAGUAG